GCUCAGCCUGGGCUCCAGCCGGCCACACUCCGCCGCUCCGCGGAGAGAGGAUCCUGCGAGCAGCCGGGCGCGCCCCGGACCCUGCGGGCCCCGCGGGCUGUCCGCCACCCGCGGGGUGACCGCCACCGCCGGCACCCUGGCUACGACCCGCGAAUGGCGGCGCGGAGGGGCCCCGGAGCCCGGAGCACCCCGGAGCGAAGCGGCGAGGCGAGAUUGCCAAGAUGUGAGAGUAAAUAAAGGACUCACCAAAUAACAAAGAUGCUUUGGAGCCAGAAUGCCCCAGCAACUACACUUCAUACUUUGUCUGGCCUGGUGUUCAUCAGCCUUUUGCUGAGGGUUUCAUGUGUUUUUGCAGAUGUUCCAGCUGAAGCUUGCACUUUUAAGAUGACAUUACACAAUCUCCGGCCAAUCCUAUCAUGGGAAUUUAAACCCUUUUCAGCUGAACCAACUCACUACACUUUGUCGUAUAUAAUCAUGAGUAAAGACGAAGACAUGAUAACUGUUACGAGCUGUGAGAACACAUCGAGAUCAUUUUGCGACCUAUCAAAAGUCUGGGUGGACAUGAGUGAGACCUACAUCCCUAAAGUCGUUGGCGUCCAGGGAAACAGAGCACUGGGCCCCUGUCUGGGCCAGUUCAAUCUGGCAACCCAGAUGUCCUUGGAACCACCACAGUUUGAGAUUGUUGGUUUCACUGACCACAUCAACGUCCUCCUAAAUAUUCCACCCAGGGCCUCCCACAUCAUCGACGAGUUACGGUUCAAUGCACCUCUUGUCUCAGAAGAGCAGUCGGAGGGGAUUGUUAAGAAGCACAAACUACAAAUAUAUCAAAACCACACUGGAAAUUUCACUCACGUCAUUGACCAGUUAACUCCAAACACAAACUACUGUAUCUCCGUUUAUUUUGAGCAAAGUUAUCCGGAUCCAAAAUCAACCAUUAAAUCUCCCUUCAAAUGUAUCCUCCUUCCACCUAAAGAAUCAUCGGAAUCUGAAAAAAUAGGAGGAAUAAUUUUUACAUUUUUAAUACCAGUUAUUGUCAUAUGCACCAUAGUAAUACUGAAACGGACUGGCUAUAUUUGCUUACGAAAUGAUUUCCCCAAAGUUUUGCAAAACUUGUCAUCCUGGAUAUUUCUGAAACUGCCGCCAUCAGAAACAAUAGACAAAGUGGAGGUCAUUAUUGUCCAAAGAAAGAAGAGAGUGGGGGGCUAUAACUAUGAUGAAAGUGAUAGCGACACGGAAGCAGCCCCCCGAGCCAGCGCGGGGGAUUACACCAUGCACGGGCUCACAGGACGGCUGCUCUGUCUGGCACCCACCUCCUCAGAGGCCUCAGAGGAACACAUGGACCCCGACACUGAGGAACCCAAGGACUCUGACCUAUCCGAGCCUGAGGCUGACACAGAGCCCCUCUUGGCCCCAGGGUCCAGCACCUGGCAGCCAGAAUGCCCAGGAGGGACCCCCGAGGGCCCAGAGAGUCUGCCACAGCACCCCUUAUUCCAGGAGACCAGCAGCUCCCCUGAGCAUUCUGGGAACCGAGUUGUCUUCAAUGUUAAUCUAAAUUCUGUGUGUAUGAGGGCCCUGGACAACUCUGAAGUCCCUCAAAUGUUAACUCUUCCAGGAAACACAGUCAACCCAGAGGAUCCUGAGGAAAUAGAAUCUAGCCCACUGGUGACCGGCGAAGAAGGGACAGGGACCUCUGGGGAGGGCCUCUGGUCUGAAGAUGUUUCUUCCAAUACAAGUGACACUUCCGGGUCAGAUGUUGACUUGGGGAAUGGUUAUCUCGCCAGAUGAGUCCAGAACACAUCCGAUGCACUUGGACUAACAGAUUCCUCCAGGGUUCUCUCCCCUGCAGUGAUUGGCUUCUCCUGGAGAUGCCAUCUAUGCAGAGACUGCGAAUGGGGUAAGGGGUGGUAGGGAACAGCGUGAUAGUGUCACUCAGAGCCUGUUUACAUGUUCCAAGCUGUACCUUGGAGGGAAAGCCUUGCCUUUUGCUCUACUCUCCUACAUUUUAAUGCUUCUGCUCCCAGAGCAGGGACUAAGUUCACCUGAGGUUCUCAGGGGGUGGCCCAGGGCAGCCAGAUUUCUGGGAAAUAAACAUAUGAGGCCAUGGUAGAGGAAAGGAAGACAUUCAGCAGGCCUGUAGCAGUAUUUUCCAGAGCUUCAGGAAAAGAAAGGGACAGCAGGUUGGGAAAGGAGGAGGGAGGCAGCUUGGGUACCUCAAAGGUGGCAUUCUGUGGCCUCCACACUGAGUUGCCCCUCCAGGCCUCCUCAGUUCUAGGAAAGACAACAGACCCGCAAAUGGAAAUCAUGCUAGUGUCAGUCAGGCAACUAAGAGGAGCCAUUCUGUAUGAAGGAAGAACAUAAAAUCUCAGUGCCAUAUCUUACGCUUUAAAAACAAGAAAGGGAACAGAUGCAAUAAUGCUUCCAGGCCUCGGGGUAAAACAAGGCAUAGAAACCUGAGGAUCCAACUUAACAAUUUAGAAAGUACAAUGUAUGCUGUUUCUAAAUGUCCUAAAUGUGACUACAAUUCUUGUAGGGGUGGGGGAAGGCUUUGAAGCUUUGAAGCUGUCAUGUAGCAAACAAUACAAGAAUGGGGACUCAGGUGUGACUUCCAUAUGUCACUCUGUGAUCUCACCUCUCUGCACAGCCUCUGAGCCUUAUUUUCUCCAUUUACAAAACAGGGGAAUGAGGAGAUUGGACUGUGCAACCCCCAAGUUCCGAGGGUGCCAGGAUGCCAGGAGAAAUAUUACACAGUAGGUAGAAAGACUCAGGUUGUUACAGGGUAGCCCAGAGUGGACUGGGCUGCCUGUCUGUGGGGCCUCACCCGUGUGCAGGCACACACAGAAAGGGUAGUGGGUUCAUUUACAAAAGGGGAAAGGAAAAGGAACCAACCCAGGGAAGGAGAGAGGGCUACACAGUAGCUGGAAUCCUUUACCAGGGUGGCUAACUGGGAGCUCUAGUCCCAAACUAACGCUCCUAGCCCCGGUCACACGGUCAGAGCAGUUGCUCCAGAGAGAGAGAACCGUUACCUCUCCAGAGCGAGAGUUGGAAAAUGGCUCUCUGUUUAUCCCCCAAAGUCCCAGAAUGCCUGCUUAGCUCCGCCCUUGGGUCCUCGCAGUUCUCUCCCUGGUGCU